AUGGCACCAAUUCGUCGAUACCUCCGAAUUACGAAGUAUUCCGUCCUUGAAGUACGGGUUUAUCUGGAGAAUCCCGCUACCGCGGAGUCGUGGUUGUUGCGGAGACAUGAUCCAGCUCUUCCUAGAAUCAUCGCUGCGGUACAGCCCUUAGUCUUACCGAAACUGCGUGAAGAAAAUGAACGAGCGAAAGGGAAGAGCAAGAAGAAAGGGGUUAAGGACGUGAUUGUUCAAGCAGGGCACUUGCUAACCCCGACUCGCACAGAUGAUUUUGAAGUAUCCAUCUUCUUGACGGAGCACUCUUCGAGGCAUACUUUGCUUACGAAGCAGAAGAACGUGGGGAAGAAGGGGAAAUUGCAAAGCAACUCCAGCAGAUUGACCGAGUGGGUCACCCGAGGACCAAAGGAGCAGCCCGAGCAGCGGUUAGCCACGGAGCCAGAUGUGGUCGUCCUUGAGGAAGAUGACGAAGGAGCCGGCCUGGGAAACAUACCGGAUACCCCAAACGUAGCCGAGGAGGCGCCUGCCGCGGCUGAGAGUCCGGACAAUGAAGGAGAAUCCGCUAGCAAGAAACCGUCCAUCAACACGCAAUACGAUGGUUUCAGUAUCUACGGACGAAUCCUGUGCCUGGUAGUCAAGCGGCGUGGCCAAAAAGCACAAGAGUUUGGAUCAAGCCAGCAGAUGCUGGAGACAUGGGUGUCCACGCAGGCUGCGCAGGAAACCUUGGUGGAUGACGAGGAUGGAUGA